UUUUAGAAAGUUUUAGGAAAAUGGCUUAGUUAGCCUGGAAAAUUUCACGAGAGAAAUCUCUAUUGAGUUAAUAUUUUGAACUCUUGCAAGACUACAUUGACUCGAUGAGUACUCUCGAAAAAGUGAAGAAGCACACAUUAUGGUGUAUGCAGACUGGCGAGAGGCAAUGCGAAUUAAGCAACAGACUCAUGGGGCCUACAAUUAUUUAAGCAGUUGCCGAGCGCCGUGUGAAACUUUACUAAAACAACUAACCUAGAAACGUGCAGUGUACGUCAUAGGGUCUUGAAGUCCUUGCCAUUGCAGAUAGUAAGGUAAAACUUUUCUGGGUAGCCUACAUUUAUAAAUACGAAGGCCAGGGCCAACGCCCUCGUAAAGAGAGACUUAUAUCAUAUUUAUCAGCUGCUUCCGCUAAAGGGCAGACUGUCUCGUCAAAAUAGGUGACAGAAGACAACCAAGAGAGUUUUACUGGGAAAAAAGAGCAAAGUCAGAUAAAUUAUUUCAGUAAAGACCUAGGAGGAAGCCUAGGUAAAGACACAUUGUUACCAAUGAUUGUACAUUCUUUUACGAUACGAUGUUGUCUCAGUCGUAGGGGAGGGUCAUGAGUGCUGGUGAAUGAGCCUAUAACUUAUAACCCGAAAUCAUAGGCUACUGAAGGACCUGGAUUUUGACAAUGAUAGGGGAUUUUUGUUUUUGGCAUUCUUUGGAUCCUAGUGUAUCAUUGACCUAGAUCACCUAGAUCUAGUAGGUAAGAGAAAAGGAGAGGAUUCGACUCCAUUCGUUUUCUUGGUGACAGUGAGAGUUUUGGUGACAUUAUUUCACGUCGCCAAAGCACAGCGGGUGUAAGAAAACUUGACCAUGCUUUUUCUAUGAGUACCAUGCUUUUUAACGUUAACUCUGUUCAAAACACUUUAAUUCUUUUGUAAUGUCAUUGUGCCUAAUUGUCCCCUUGACAUUUUAUUCUCGUGGAAGAAAUAUAAGUAUUUUAAAUUUCUAUUUUGUUUACGUUUUUCAACCGCGAAAGACCAGUAACUCUAAUUGACCUUGAAUUUCCCUCGCAUGGUGGCGCUGCCUUAUAAUCAGCUUCGUUUCAUUGGCUAGUAGCUUCUCAUAAGCAAAACAUUCCUGCUCGGGCUUUUGAGUGUAGAGUUUUUUUUUCCUGUUUCGUCUCAUACAGUGUUUCGUUUUGUGAGUAUAUUUCAACUUUCUUGAAAAAAAAAUGUUUAUUGACUAAUUGGUGUUUAUUAACAGUUGUCAGAGACCCUUAAAUCUUGUGAGGAGUGCAGGGAAAUCCCUGAGAUACUCGCGUUUUUACUAACCUGUCAUGGCGGAUGUUGUGCUAUUUUUGUAAUCUGCGCAGUCUUUGUUGGAAGGUUCCACACCGUAGGUUAACCCUCUGGGUCAUAAUUUCCUCUCAUUAGAUCAUCGUUUGACCAGUGUACAUCAUCAAAGCUGAAGUAAUGUAGUCGUUUUACUACUGAGUCAAUAUUGUAAACGUUCAGUGUAAAAGAAUAGCAGUAAGCUGCCUGGCUUGUCUUUACAAACACGGUUAUAAAUAGUGUGUGGUCUCGGCAGCUUGGCUGGGCUCUGCACUGGACUUCUUGGACUUCAGCACUUUUAUUGGUCAAGGCACAUCCAGCGUCUCGAUGUGCUUCCUCCUGCUGAUGUGACAGUAUUUUAUGGGACCCAUGUUCCCGUAGCCGCCUUCAUGCUAGUCUUUAGAGCUCCAUUGUUUUCACUUUGUGAGAGAAAUAGUACAACAGAAAUUUAUCACUUAGCAGUUGCCCCACCGUUAGCAAAGGUGGCGACUCUGGGUGAGGAAAGCAUUACACUUGACAAGCAAGAGACUGGACCCUUCAGUCAGAUCAGCCUAUUCAAACAUUACCCCCCUCCGUUGUCCUCUUAUCACAACGGCUACUGCCCAUCAUCCUCUGCAUCAGCUUUCCUUUGCCGGCUUAACUGUGGGAAUCACUGCGUCUGGUUUGGUGAGUUAAAAUCAAGGAGAUCGGAAAUACCAAACAUUAUCUCCUUAGUGAGAUGAAACCGGAAAUAAAUGCUGCUGCGGAAUUCCUGUCACGGAUUUUCCUAGCCCACGACAACAUCAGUACGGAUAAGGUCAGCGAAUUCAAGCAGCAUUUAUCAGAAGUUUUGGAGGAGAGAUUUCGAGACCACUGGCAUGAGAGUUGCCCAACCAAGGGGCAGGCGUACCGCUGCAUCCGCAUCUGCCCGGACGAGCCUUUGGACCCAGUCCUAGAGAAAGUGUGCACCGAUGUCGGUGUCAAUCAUGAGGAUUUCAACCUGCCAAUGGAGCUAACACUCUGGGUAGACCCGCUAGAAGUUGUUUGCAAAUUUGGGGAUUUGAAAUGCUCGUAUCACACUGUCGCUAAGAAGGACCAAACCUCCGGGACUCUAGACAACCAGACUCAGAAUCUGGACAUCGAUGACUUGGUGGAGAAUGCGCGGGACCUGUACCUGAAGAAGCAGACGGUGGUCAUCCACCCGAUUCACUCGACGGAGAUGCACAUCCCCAACCCGUACCCAGAUGGCUCCCCGGGCGGAUUUACCAUGGCCAUCCGGAUGAAUGGCACGAUGCACUACAACAUGUCGAGCUCCCCACCCUCGGGGUAUGACGUGUCGCCCCGCGGCAAGGGCAAGCCCCCACACUCUCUGUGGCACCCCCACAACAAGCGAAGCGGCAGCAGCUACCAUUACUAUGGGAAGAGCUCGGGCGGGAAGGGCACAUUUGUUGCCAAUGGCACGGUCAACGCCAGCUCUCACCUGGCCACGGGCUCCCACUCGAGUGGAAGCGGGUACCAGCACCACAGGGGUGGUGGCAGUGGGCACAGCGGCCAUCACCAGCAUCAUCAUCAUCACCACCACCAUCAAAACCACCACGGCAGCAGCAACCACCACCACCACCAGCACCACCAACAGCACCAUCAUCAUCACGCGGGCCAGGGCGGCAGUGGUGGCGUUAGCAGCAGCUCCUACGCCUACCAGAACGGCUACAUGAACGGCUUCCCUGAGGAGAACGGCUACAACAGCUACGACCAUCGCUCGACAUCGCCCACCAAGGUGAACGGCAUGCCUCCUCCUCCAAUGGGCAGUGCCGGGAACGGCGCUGGUGGCGGCCCACCUGGUCAGAUCUCCCAGAACUCUCCGACCCCGGAGCAGAUUCAGCAGCAGAUGCAGCACCCCCCGCCCCCGCCGCCUUCGUCCUUCCCCCCUCACCUCCAGCAAGCCUUCAGCACCCACCCCCCAGCCACCGACCACUCCAACUCUCUCUCCGCGCCCCCACCUCCUGCUUCCUCGCAGCAGCAGCCACAGCCUCCCCCAGCUUCCUCUUCUGCUGUCAUCGCUUCCAGCACCACCACUUUCAACAGCAACAGCAGCAGCAACAACAGCAGCAGUGGGACCACUGGGAGUGGGAAGAUCAACAACAGCAGUAAAUUCCAGGGCAGCCGGGGAGGGGGCGGUGGUGGAGGCAGGCACGGGCAGAGUCCUGUCAAAGAAGUGAAGUGAGUGAGGUGAAGUGUGCUGAUUUGGUGCGCUUUGCCUCAUGCCUUAAAUGUCUGGGUUUUUUAAACCAUAUUAUAGUCCGUUAGUGACAGCUCUGGCAAUGGAUAAGUGCCAGCUUCUUUCACAAGAGUGUGCUAGUGUUGUAUCCAAAGAGUAUCAAGUUUAGUUAUUGCAUUUCUCCCCCCCCAUUUUCUUUUUGAGCUAGACUAAUAGAACUUUUUUGGGGAUUUAUUUUUAAUAUUAUCUUAAGGCAUUCUUGUGUGCUUGGUACAUGCUUUCUGCUUGCUUGCUAGAAAUGAAGUAUAAGGGAAAUAGAUGUAACUUACAAUGGCUACCUGACAAGUGAUUUGACUACUGUUCUAGGGAUGUGAUGAUUAUACUGCCAAGGAAAGAAGUAAAGGUCUGAUAAGACGAAAAACUGGAGACUGCCCUUUUCCUUUUUAACAAUUUUAUGUUGCUUUUUUUUUUCCAAAUGUAAAUUUUACCUUCAAUUUUUGCUGAAGAGUUUUUCUUCUCUUGGGUUCUUGGGAGAACUCUCUUUUUUUUCUAUUAGGUUUGGGGAGGGAUUUUAGAGUUGUCGUUUUCCUUUAAAUAAUAAUUGGUAAUUUUGAAAUCAAUGUUAAGGACUUAUGUCUUUUAACUCUGCCUCCUUUUUUAAAUUAUGAUACAAGAUGUAAUGUUUUUGAUCCAUUUAUGCUUCUUUGUAACAUUUUUUUCAAUUUAUUGGUUCAAGUAAAUGUUGCAGAUAUGAAGAUGAAAGAGAUGUGGAAUUUUAAAAAUUAAUAUGACUAACAAUUCAGAUUUUUACUGACUAAACACUCUCUUUGUAAACUCAUUUAUUUUCCAUUAUUAAGUAAGCCUUAGGCAGCAGUUCUUUUAAAGAUGAUUGAACCAUUUUCACUGCCCCACAAGCGUUCUUCACAUUUGGGAGAAGGUUGGGUUUUUAAAAAAAUUCAUCGUUCCCUUUCUCUUUGUUUUGUACUCUCCCAUUGGUUCAGAUUGGUCAAGUUGAAAGAGGAAUUUUUUUCAGUUUGUGCACCUUUGUUAUUCAGUUUUCUUCGAUCUUUGGCAUCAUGAGUUGGUUGGUGUUGCAUUUAGCUUCUCAGUUGCUGUUUAGAAUGUUCAUUUUUAAGAUUUUAUGUUGUUUUUAACUUCUUCGUUUUCGACGGAGUGUGAUUGUACUUUUUUAAAGGAAAUGAUUGUGAAGAAUUGUUUCCUUAGAUGGCAAAAUUCGGCUCUUCAUAAGAUUUUUGUGUUUAAAAGCACAUUUAUCCUUUUAUUUCGUUGUUGCUGAUUUGUUUUGUGAAUUCCACUCUUUAGGAGUAUAGUAUGUCUUUUGAAGCUACUCCCUUGAAAUUCCGGAGGAAAUUACCUGCUGCUUAUGGGGAAAACAAUUUGCUAAGAUUGUUCAUCUCUGACCAAAAUUUGCUUUUCACUUUCCUGAUAAAUUUCUGUUCUGCCUUGCAGUUUCUACCAUUGUACUCUCAAAGGUUUCAGUUACAGAGAGACAAACAUGUAAAGUCCUGCAAUACUGCUGCUGCUUCUGCGCACUCCAGGGUCUGUGCACCUUGAAUUGUGUAGUUGAUUUUUUUCUUAUUUUUUCCCCCGUCUUAUAGAUAUAAUAGAUGUUACACCGUUCUGGAAUGUAGUAAGGAGCACAAAUCACAGUGUUUAGUUUGUGAAUAGUUCAUAAAAUCAUAAGAUUUUCACUGUUGUAUUCUUCUUUUCUUUUUUUAAAAUUUUUGGUUCACCACUCAUUCCUUUUUCAUCAUUGACAAGUUAUUUACAGAGAAACAUGUCCGUUUCCAAGUAAACAAAGGUGUUUUUUAAAGUUUUUUUGAAAACUUAAAUAUGAUGAUGGUUGUUACUGUGGAGUCUGCAAUGCUCACGGCUGACUGUACGAUGACCUGGAUCUGGCUGCUGGUUCAUCUUGUGUGGAUUUUGUCAAAGGUUGUUGUUUUGACUUCUCGCUUUCUUUUUACCAAAAUUGGACCACAAUUGGCUUUGUUACAGUUUUUUUUUUUUUUUCAAUUGUUUUUUCCCCUUGUUAUUGUAUGGUUUUUAGUCAUUGCGAAUUUGAAAAUGUGUGCCCACCUUCGUGUGGAUAGAAGUAUUGGCUGCAAAACCUCAGACUUUGUACAUGAUCCAAAGAGUGUCCACUCUUUAAAUAAUGUUCUUACUUUUAACUUUUUGUCCUGGAAGAAAGUGGAGAUGUUGACCCAGCACAUGGAGUAUGGAGGAGGGGUGGUGGAGAGACUUUCUUUUUUAAGUUGGGUUUUUAUACAGUACAUUUGUUCAAGGCUGUGAGCAGAUCUUGAAAACCGCCAUGGGGUUGGAUGGGGGUUUGGUUUACAGCACUUUGCUGCCUGAUGGCGACCUGUGUCACCUGCACUUCACCAUUGGGAAUACAGAGCUGGAGCACGGUGUUUCACCAUAUCAUUUGUAAUUUGUUCUCCAAAUUUCCUACACUUCAUUGAGUGUAUGGGGGGGUACAUGGUAUUUUAUUUCUGACUUUCAAAGUUUUGUUAAUCAAAGUCAAGACGGAAGGAAAGGUUUUAGGUUUUAUUUUGUUAGUGUAAUGCACAGGAAGGGUUAGGUUAACACUAGAAAUAAAUUAUUUGUGUUAGUAAGUUCCUCUUCUAGAUUAACCAGCUAUUGCUGAUGAUGAUACUUGCUAGUUUCAUAUGAAUAGUUACUGUGCUGUUUUUACCUGACAGUUUAUGUAAAUGUGUAGAAAUAAUGAAUAUAUACGUGGAAAAAAAGAGUACUUUGUCGUCAUCAUGUUUAUUUUUCCCUCCAUUUCUCCUCAAAGAUUUUUAUUGUUCUUUGGAAAAAAGUGUCAAUCUUCGGCCAUUUAUAUCAGGAGUUAUUGUUGCAGUUGCUUGCCUUCAUCAUUGUAAAGAAGUAACCCCCACCCCCGCCUCUCCCAACUCAUUUAUAGAAAUGUCUUUUUUUGCAAUUGCGCCAUUCAUAUCUUUUGAAGCACCAUGAACAACUUACAGAUUGUUUUCUGCGCCAUAGUUCUUUUGAAGCUGUAAAGAGGAGAAUGAGAAUGUCACAAGACGGGUGGAGCUGUUAUGAUCUGACCGUAUUGUUUUGUUUUUGAUUUUUUCCCCCCUCUCUCUUUUAUUCCUUUUCUUUCUUUCUUUCCUUUUUUUUUUUUCUUUUUUUUUUGGUGGAGAUUAUGAGGUGUUUUUAAGAAGAUGGCCAUUUGUUCUCGCACUUUUCUCAUACUCACUUUAAUGAUAUCAAAAGUUUUGUCUUUUUCCUGCCCCAUAGUUGUGUUUGAUUUUUUAAUAUUGUCGUGAUAUUUUUUAAAUUCGUGCACACCCAGCUACCAGCUUUUUGAUGGGGGAGGAUUAGGAUGUUGCAAGUUGUGUGAGAUCUUUGAAAUAAUUCUGGGCAUUGUUCAAAUUGGCUGUUCUAUUUUUAUGUAUGUUAUGGCGUCUUUUUAGUUGGUUUUGAGCUUUUUUUUGGGGGGGGGGGGGAUAGGGGGCUAGUGUAGAUUUACUGACAACAUCAUUGCCUAACUAAUGUGUGGGUGCCAUUUUGAUGUAAUAUUAUACCCUUUGGGUUUACAUCUGGCAGUGUUGUUAGUCCUGUGUGAGUACAGAUGCACUGUUAUUUAUUUUUAAAAAAUUUUUUUUAAGUUCUUCAAAUUUAGAGAUUUUGUUUGAUUUUGAUGGCGUCCUUACUUGUAGUGAGUGCAAAAGCAAAGUGGGAGGUUGGGAGAUGUACAAACCUCUUAGUCUAAAUUAUGUGGAUGGGGGGCGUAAAGCUCCUGUUAUUAAAGACGUCCAGAGAUGGCGGUUGUGUUGGUUCACCGCAGUGCCAGCUCGUACAGUACGUGUGUGGAACUUUCUCUGAGCAGAAAGAGACAUCUGAGAUUUAUACAUAGCAUUUCACUUAUCUGUUGGAGUUGCCCUGGGAUUGGAAAUAUUUUUUAUUGAAAAUGGGGUUAUUUUUCGUUUGGAAUUUUGUUAUGCUAAUGGUUCACAGUGAGAAGUUUUAGUUGUUGUUUUUUUAAACAUGAAUUAUUUCUCACCGGGACAUAGCUUUUUGUGUUUGGAAUUUUGGUCUGGUGUUUGUGUUUGAUCUCCAGAGCUGUGGCUGUUGAGUUUACUUGCUAAACUGGGUUUGGAUUUAAGGUUUUAAAAAAAAGCGUUUAGAUGUUUUUUUUUUUUUUUCAUAUCCAUGAUAGUUUGGGGGGUUGAAAAAGAAUCUUGGAAAAAAGUGAGAGGCUUUGUUUUUAUGAGCUAAUUCCCAGGUAAUGGUGACUUACAGCAUGGUGUGGUAUGCUUGUGCUUGGCCAGUGUGCAUUGUUGUAUGUGUACUGGACGUUCAUAUAUCACAGGAUUUUUUCCAGAGCUCAGGGAGCACAGACCAGGUUGAGGGGUGUGUGUUGUCGGAUGUGUUAUUACGCGUGUAGUCUGUGUUUUGUGCUUGUGGCCUGUGUGUUGUCACGCAUGUGUGUGUCAUCACAUCUAUGAUUUAUGGCCUGUGUGUUGUCAUGUGUGUGUCAUCACAUCUAUGAUUUAUGGCCUGUGUGUUGUCAUGUGUGUGCCGUCAUAUGUGUAGCCUGUUUUCACACGUGUUGCCCUUGUGUAUGUGUACGAGUCCUUGUAUCCCUGUCGUUGCUGAUCUCUUAACAUAUCUGUUGACAAUGGUGCUUUCAUGAGGUUGCUAAUUACCAGGUUUUUAUGGAGAUGAAGUAUACCGUUUCCUGUGUAUUGAUUUAGGGGUGCCGCUUCACCAGAAUUCCAGAGACUUUUGAUAUAUAUGCCAGACUUUUUGUUUUGUUUUUGACAGUCUGUCUGAGUUCAUACUGUCUGGUUUGGUGGAUAUGAUGUGAGAAGAUCUUUGUUUGGGAGGAUAUGAUGUGAGAUCUUUUUUCAGUGACAAUCCAGUAUUUUCUGGAAGUUUCAUAAGGUCUAAGUGGCACCCCAACACUUUUGCUUUAAUGGGGUUGUUUUGGUUUGUUGUUUUGUUUUGUUUUUUUUCUUGUGUUUUGAUUUGUAAAGUGUUUGGGUGAGGGGUUUUUUUUUUUGGGGGGGGGAGGUUGUUUUAUUGUGGUGUGGGUAGAGGUGUUGUUUAGUUUAUCUGUGUAAACUUGAACAAAUGUAUCCUGAGAGGCGGAAAAUUUGUAUGUUAUUGCUUGUGUGCGUGUAUGUAAGUAUUGUUGCUUCACCAGAGGCUUAUAGUGUAUGAGAAUGUUAUGAAUUACAGGGUCUUUUGGAGCAAUAAGUUGUAAUGUGCAUCCUAGUGUGUUGACUUGCCAGUUGAAGAUAUCAGUUCGUUAUAUGAAUGCAGUUUUUGUUUUUUAAAUGUGUGUGUUUGGGUGUCUUUUUGCGAGUGUGCUUGUUUUUCUUGUUGUCUGUUCUCUCGUCAGUUGCAAGGGUUUGUACUUAAAUGACUAUUUACUAAAUUGUCGAUUAGGAUGAAAGGUGGUUGGGGGGUCCUUUUUUCCCCCUCGCUUCUCCUUUUUCAUUUCUGUCGGAGGAAAGAAAAACAAAACAAAUUGAGGAGAUAUGGUGUGUUGUUGCCUGUCUCGUUUUGAGUAGUGCUGCCUGUUUGUGUGACUUUUGAGAAUAUUUAGAUUCUUUUCAUAGAGGUCAAGUUUCAUUUCAACUGUUAACUUUUUUUCUAAAAGAGUUCCCAUUUUGACUUCCUUGUAUUGGCCAUUGAUUUAUUUUGCCUGUCUCAUAGUUCACAAGCUUUGUGUACAGGUAUGCUAAACCUGCAGCCAUUUGUGGACACUUUCUUUCAUCCCUGUCAAGUCGUGGGAAAAUGCAGCUGUGUUAGGAAUCGGAAGUCUUGCUCAUAUGUACGUUUCGCGAGUUUGUUUUGAGACGAAAGUUUGUUCAGUGUAAUGGGUGAGCUUUAUAUGUGGGGUGGAGAUAAAAGAGUCGAUGAGAAACUUCAGACCAUCAUUUUCAAUGGGACCAUCUUCAGUGACUACUGUCUGUGUGUUAGAGAAAAAAAGUUACCUAUUCAUAGGUUGCUCUUUUCCCUUUUUGUUUCGCUAGUUGCUCUCUUUUGUGCAGUAGUAAAUGUAGUACCUGCUCUGUUGGUUGCUUUGGUUUUUACUAAAUGUAACCUUGGGCAAAUGGAAAUAGGAUGGUGACAUUGAAUUUUGUUGCUACAGUUAUUUCCUUUUGGACUGUAUUCAGAUAUAUGUCAGAAGUUUCAAUGAUUGCUGACAGAGUUUGGAAUUGAUUCUCCUGUUUCUUGACAGGUUCAUUCUCUUUUUGUAUUUCUCAAAAUGACCUUUUGACUUUUGAUCAGUAUAAUUGUUGUCUACGAAUCUUUCCUUUCGUAAGUUUUUUUAGACCCAGAGAAUCUCAAAUUUAGUAAAACAUGAUGCAUAUUACUGCUACUUGUUGCAUUGGGCUUUUGUGCAUACAUGCAUGUCAAAACUUUCUGUUGUAUAAUUCUUUGUUCUUUUGUAUCCUAUGUCACCUUUGCUGAUUUCUUUGCGAGUGUUAAAGUACAGUCGAACCGUUUCUUCCACUCCACGCAGUUGUCUUAUUUGCAGUAUGAUGUUUGUCGUAGCCAGUCCACUCUUUGAUGUGGUGCUCUGAACACAGGGGGUAGUAAGAGAACUUUUUCCCUAGCUCAUUGUGGCUACUUCACUGUAGUCUCGGCAGGCCAUGCUACCAUUAGCUCACUUUAUAUGAUGCUGGGCAAUGGUAUUGUGUUCUUGGACUUUGGUUGUUUGGUGUGGUUGUCAUGGUUUUCUUCCAGCAUGGUUCAGUUCUGUCGGGGCUGGGUGUUGAACUCUGAGGUCGUCUUUUAAAUUAUCUAUGGGUGUUGAAAGUAGCAGGUGUUCAACCCAUUCUGUUAUUGACUACACUUCAAGUGUUUCUCUCAUUUGAUUGGCUUUAGUGUGAACUGCUCAAUUUUUUUUUAACACCCUUGGAUGAAUGUUGAAAAGUGACAAAAGAAUUUAUUCCUCCGACAAUUGUAAAUAAUCAACGGACAUCGUCCAAUCCCCUGAUAGUGAGUGCCCUGUUUCCGAGAAAAUGUGUUAUCAUCGCAGUGGUUUGUUCUCUGCUGUUGCUUUUGCGUUUUUGAUAAGAUGCGUGAUGAUGUAUUACGUGUGCGUUUGUUGAUGUGAAAUUUUCCCGUCAGUAUGCUUGCUUUUUACUCUCAUAUGCAUAUAUAUGAGUCUGUGUGUGUAUGUUUUAAAAAAAUGUUACUUCGUUAUGUUGUGACUGCAACUGAUGUAAUUUUUCUGUGUGCUUGCUUUUCACUUAUGUGUGUAUGUGUUUACAUGUUUGUGUAUGUGUGAGUUUUAAAGAACAUUACCUUCAUUAUGUCACGACUGCCACAUGAUGUGCGUAUUGGCCGAGCUGUGAUAAACCCCAAAAGUUCUAAAAUUGCUGGUUUGCUGAAGUUUGUCGUUGUCAUAGGUUAAUUGGUCAUUGUCACAAGAAAGUAUUUAUCACAGCUGUUUGUUCUGUGCAUUUUUAGUGCUUAAAAAUGAGAAUCCCGAUUUGGUGUUCAUGUUUCAGCUCCAAUGCACAUUUGAACUCUUUAUGUAAAAAGUCACCAAUUUUUUUUCUCGUAGAUUUCAUCUUUUUAUGGCAAAUAUUACUCUAUGGUGAUGCAUCAUGUAUUUUUUUUUUGUAACCGCUGUAUUGCUCAAAAUUGUGAUAAAAGCAUUUCUCAUCACCUUUUGAUCAAAUUUGUAGUGGGCCUUUGUCAAUAUGUAUGAAGUAAUGCGCUUGUGUGUUCAGUGAUGGUUUGUUAUGGUGUAUGCGUUGCUGUUUCAGUGUUGUUAAGAUGAGUGUAGUAUUGUCAGUUUAUGUCCCAAACACCCUAUAUAUGUCGUGUGCUAUAUAUUCCAUCUCCAUAAAGCUUUGCUAAUUAUAUUCCAGGAAGACACUGCCUGUUCUUUUGCUGGAAUGUUUCCAGAUGUUUCAAUGGUUCCAUCAAGUCCUGUUUUUCUGUACUACUACUGCUACAUGAAUGUUGACGGUAUAUUAUUACAUGAUGAAAAAUCAAAGCCUCUGAAGUACUUGCUUCACACAGACAAGAAAGAUGUGAUAAUUCCCAUGUUUUGAUUCACCUUUGCUGUGUUUCCAUAGUACUUCUUCGUGCUUGCUCGUAAUGACGUCUGCAAAGGCAUGCCUCUGUUAGGGGUCGGGUAUUUUGGGGGGGAUUUUUAUGUUUGUACAUUGUUCAUGUUGUACGUCAGCCCUCAGAAUGACCAUCCCCUCACAUGCAACAAGGCUGAUGUAUUGGGCCGAUACCAGUAUCGAGAUGAACACUAUUUGAAAAUUUGAUUUGCUGAAUAUAACUUACAGAAUUUUGCCCCUUUUUAUAACAUCAUAAAGUAGUUUUUGCAUCCGUUGCCAUCACCAAGAAGCAUUUUUGAUGUUAAUCUUCAGACCAUGACCUUGAUUUUUUUCUCAAAGUUCUGCUUGCCUUACUUGCAUGACAUUGUGAUAGCUUGAGAGAAAUCUGUAAAAGGGACUCUUAAAUUUUCAAAAAACAUCUCUGAUAUUAAUGAUUAUACUCCUGAGUUCUUUAUUAAUUGUAAAAAAGAUUUUACUUGUUCAAAAGGUCUUUAUUAAGGCUGGGGGGAGGGGGGGGGAGGGUUUUGACGUCAUGUUUGUUUCAGGUGUAGUUUUGUGUUGUGAAAAGGUGUGUGAGUGCGAAGAAAAGUGAAUGGUUUUGUUACGCUACGCCACCACCACCCUUCCCCUGUUCUUGUCUCCCAUUGCAGCAAAGCGCAACAAUACACACAACCCCCCCCCCCCCUUAAACUGUGAUGAUGAUCUCCCUUGCUUUACUUGCAUUGGUCAGUUGGGCUGUUGGUACAUGCCAAGCACAACAAAAAUCGAGUUCCUGACGACAGACUGGAGAUAUGAAUUUUAAAAAUAUUUUCUUCUUUUUUUCUUUUUUUUUAAAAAAGCAUUUUGAUUGAUGAUAGAAUAGCAUGAAUCGAAUUAUGUAAAUGGAUGUUCAAAGGAAAUUAGUGGGUCUACAGUUUUAAGUUUUUCCACCUUGCUGUGUUCAGCAUCCCUCUCCCACUUUGCCAGCCUACACUCAGCACUGCAAAGAUCCUCACUUGAUGUAUUUUGGAUGGACGGUUAUUGGGGGGGAGCUGGAUGUUAUGGGGUUGUCUUGUCUUGGGGGGUUUUCUUUAGAAGAAUUACCUCCCAGAGAUUGUGAAAACUAUAUUUUCACGGAAACCUUUUUUAAAACUAGGAACAAUUUAGUGCUUUUUUUUUUUGUUUGGGGGGGGGGGGGAGAGAGGAGAAGAGAAGGGAAAGUAGUGCUGAACUGUCCCACAGUUUCCUUGUGCUAUUUUGUCAAUGAAAUGUACAUCUAAUCUAUCUUGUACUGCUUUUGUUGAUGACAAUGCUGUUUACAAAUCCAUACACGGAGGGGGGAGAGAGACUGUUCACAGUGGUGGAUGUUUUGUAUGUAUAAUUUUUCCCUCAUAAUGUGCUGGGUUCAGCCUCAGUUGUUAUUAUUGUACUAUAUUGAUCUGUUUUUAAGUUAUGAUAAUCGAUUGGUCAUGAAGUUAUCUGGUUUCAUAAGAAUUUUAAGAAUUAGUGUGCGUGGACAAGCAGAGACAUUUUUUUAUAUUUAUCCUAUUGAUUGUUUCCCCGCCCCUCCAAAAGUGUAAGGGAUAACGAGAGGGGACUGUCUUACAUUUUGAUUGGUCUGUUCUUACUAAUGAGGCUAUGGGUGAUGUGAAGGUCAAAUGUCAAGGGUUAAAAUCAAGUGUCAGGGUUCGCCUCAUUUUCUGGUCGGUAUUGGUUGUCAGUGAUGGGCACUGAACCCCUGACUCGACGAUCGUUGAGAAUGGCACUGAAAGGGUUAAGUCACCUAGACUUAAUUGUAAGAAAAUAGAUUUUUAGCCUUUCUGGCGUGGGAUUCCUUGACACUUGUUUUUGUGUAUAUAUAUAUAUAUUGAGGAUGGGGUGGAGAGGGGAGGGGGGUGUUGGGUUAACUGUAGCCCCGGCAGGAUUUAUGUCCCUGUUAAAGAAGAGCAGAUAGUAAGCAGACUGUGUGUGUACUUUAAAAGAACGGUUGUGGAGGUUGUGGAGCGGGAGAGAGAUCUUCCUUCUACUACCGGACAGGUAAUGGAAAAACUUGUUAAUGUUAACCAGGAAGGGCCUGUGCCUCGCCGCGGCAAGCGUAUGACCCGAGUUAGGUUAGAUUCCCAUGUUGGGGAGAAUUUAUAUAUCAAGUUUGUCUUUUUGCGGAGAUGUUGUAUCCCUCUCAGCCCAGGUGGGCCAUUACAGGCAUGUGGAAGCCUGCCUUAACGUUCUAAACUGUGUCAGUGAGGUGUGAAAAAAACUCCUACGUUUAAAUUUUAACCAGCGAUGGCUUCUGUGGCCUUUAUAAAUAUAAUGCUCCACUUUCUUUCAGCACUAAAAUAUGGCCCCUUUUGUAUUGAACUACUCAGUAAUUAUAUGAUGUACCUUCUUUUUAAAAAAAAAUAGUUUUCCCUUUGUUUGUCUCUAUUGGUGGUUCACUGUAUUCUUUUACUUCUUGGGGCAAAUCUUGAAGGGACCGUUGACUCUGUACAAAGGGGAACUUUCUGUUGGGACAUAGAUGGCCAACAACGCACGGCCUCCGUACAACUAUUGGAGGCUAGAUCUACUCUGCCUCUCUUUGUUCUUUCUGUUGGGACAGAUGGCUAGCAUGGCCUCCAUAUUACUACCACUACUACUCGAGGCUAGAUGCUACGCUGCCUCUCCUGGGAGAUGGAGGGUUGCAUGACUUCUCGUUGCCGCUGUUCUGUGUCGUGUCGUGUUUAGGACGGAAGUGGCCAGGGACAAGUAGUGGUGUAUGAUGGACCAGCCUCUUCAUAUAUCCAUUUAUAAAUGUCCUCUGGCGUCGGUUGCCAUGAAUUUGUUUUCUGUGAAUAGUUUUGGGAGUUUUGUGAAUGGUUUAGUCAGUAAGUGUGGGUAUUUGGAGGGCGUUGCUGACGUCGGUGAUAGAUUUUAAAUUGUUUACUUUCCUACUGCUUCUGUCUGUCCGUCUUGCUUUUUCUACCAGUAUAGUGUUAUCGUGUCAGUCAGUGUGGUAAAUGGUGUGUUACUCUUUGAUUCAAACUACGGAAGUGAGCCUUGUGUUAGGCUGUCUCAUUGUCUUAGAAUGACUGUCAUUCUAAUUAAUGGUCUGGAGUGAGUAUGUACAUCUGUCUGUUUGUCUGUGUAAUUUUUCUCUCCCAUGUCUGCUGUUGUGCCGUUCUUGUCAUCAACCCAUGUGGUACCUUGUUGCUAGGUCAUGUAUAACAAUUUGUUGCUAGGCCAUCUUUUCUAAUUGAAUAAUUUAUUAUUAUAAUUAUUAACUCUAGUAUUAACCAAUUCUCACAAGCCUUGGCUGGCUCAUGCUGUCUAUGAAAACGAGUGGAACAACACCUUUUUAUUACAAUAAUUAUUUAACUCUACUGGAAGCGUGUUUAUGCACAGGAAGUAUCAGAGAAAAGUAGUGAGCCGUUCGUUUUUUAAUUUUUAUUUUGAGAGAUUGAGAGAAAGAGAGAGAGAAGUGACGCAAUGUUGUGACUGUCCUAACAGUGUGUUAAUUCUUUGUAUUUGAUGUAUUGUCAUGUAGAAUUUUGUCUCAACUCGCAUUGUCUUGCAAACAACUUCAUUGGCAUAGAUUGUGGUUAUAAAGUCUCCCCCCACCCUUUGGCAGGUAUGAUUUUUGUUUCCCUUGGAGCUGAAAAUAUUAUGGAAUGUUAUUAUUAGUUAUUAUAGGGUACGGGAACAGAAUGUGAAGGGGUUGUGCUUUUUAUCUGGCAGAGGUACAUGUAUAAUAUAUAUAUAUAUAUAUAUAUAUAUAUAUGUGUAUGCGCUGUGUAUACGCAGUCCAUUAUUAUGUGUGGGUUAGAUUAUUUAUGGCAUUUUGAAAGUCUAAUAAUGCUUAGAUGAAGACAUGGUAAGUUAACCGUUAGAUAUAGAUAGACUGGGGAGAUACGCCACACAUCCUUACCCCUUCCCCACCAUCCUCUCUUUUCAGAAGUCCCGUUGCAUUAAUUCUUUGUGGACUCUGGGUUUCUAUUUUUUUCCUUUUUUUUUUCCUCUGCAUUUCUGAUGUUUCUUUUCUCCUUGUGAUUUGGUUGGCUGUCAGGUCCGUUCCCUGUGUACUUUUCUGGCUGAUGAAAACUUUGUGUUUACUGAGCGGUGAGAUGAAACAUUUAUUAUGUAAUUGGUUUGUUGAUGACGACACAACUUGUUAUUGUUCUUCACAUUCUGGCGGUUUUACUUAGAUUCUUGGGGGGGGGGGGGGGGGAUCUGGAAAAAAAAGGUUUCAUCUCUUUUCUCCUUCAUUGUGGCUCAUGCAUAGCCCUUGCCCUUUCCUUUAUUGUCUCUUGUGUCCCAAAGUUUUUUUACAAAUUGUUUUUUUUUUUUUUUUAAGGAGGGGGCAUUUAAUUUUUUUUUAAAUAGUUAUCUUUGUCACAUCUAAAGAAUUGGCAGUUUUUUGUUUUUGUUUUUUAGAUUGUGCUGAGUCAGGGCGUUGAAGGUUUUGGUCCCAUAUCAGAUUCAUAAAUCUUGACCAGGGAGUAGAUUUAUCACUCUUGUAACUUAACAGGGUCUUUUUUUUUUUUUUUUUUGUGGCAACAUUUUGGUUUUGUUUAAUUUGUUGAUGGUCCAUUAUAUUCGUCCCCCUCGUGUGUGUGUGUUUCACAUGACGUUUUCAUGAGCUGGGGGCUCAGGAUGGCGGGGGGGGGGGGGGGGGUGUCCUGCCUCAUUUCUUCUCACCAUGUUCUUUGUUACAGGGGUGUGGGGCUUUUUAGUUGUUUUUAAGACUUCUGCAUUCUGUUGUAUUUUGUUGUUGUUGAUUGAAUGUUGAUAAAAGGUUUUUAUUUAGAUAUUUUUUUUCCUCUUGGACUUUUGUGUUACAUGAUGUUGGUUUUGUUUGUGCGUUGUUGAUAAAGAAGAAUGUGUGCGGUGCCUAUUUGAUGUUCCUUGUGCAGAAUACAUCAUGUAUGUUGUCAGCCCACUGGGCCAGUGUCCCAGUAUCGCUGGCCCUUCCUGCCCCGUCCUCCCUCCCUCCCUCCUCCCCUUUCCCCCUUUGUGAUGUGCUCGGACCAUAAACACAGACAGACUUUUGUUGUCUGUGCAUGUGUUUGCAUCAUGAUGUGUGUUAACGGGCGGCUGGAGGCUGUGCUGCUGCACUCAGCACGUGGCCGCUCUCACCAUGUUCUUCAUGUACAAUUCAUGUGUCUCAUUAAGAUUGGCCUCAAUAUAUCUCUGAAUGCAAUUUUA